UUGUUCAUUCGAAAACACAUAUUUAUGCGCACAAUUAUCCAUUUACAUUUCAUUUUUUUCUGUGUACAUAUAUCCCAUGUGCAAUUGGGUAUUUGCAACACUGGUUUAAGAUCGUGUAAAAAAGGGGUUUCCAGUGAUAAAUCAGCACUCCCUGCAGGGGAACAGGAAUUCAAAGAGCUUGGUUUUUUCUUUACAGUCAUUUAUCCCUUUUGCUCAGACAAGUCUUGUAGUCUUCAAUGGUUUCACUAUAUCCAGCUCCUUCUGACUGCAAAUCACACCCAGAGAUUCUUUGUUAUGGCUGGGAGGAACCACAUGUCCAGACAUCCUGAUAAUUUCCGGGUUGUCCGUGAUGGCCCACAUUCUUAUUUAGAUCGAGGACCAGGACCUGUACCAUCUCAUCCUGUGGCCCUGGAAGAGGAACUUGAACUCCAGCACAGAGACAUCAAAAGGCUACUUGCUGAAAACCGGCAUGUGCUUGACGACAAUGUGAUGCUUCAAAGGGAAUUGACUGCAGUAAAAGAUGAGAUUCACGGAAUAGGUCAGGUCAUUCCUAAAUUGCGUGCUGACAGAGAGAUUCAAACAAGGGAGUUGAUUGAUAGAGGAUUGAAACUAGAGGCUGAGCUUCGCUCUGUUGAACCUCUAAGGGGAGAGGUUAAGAUAUUAAGAGAUGAAGCUCAGAAACUAAGUACUUUGAGACAGGAUUUAUCAUCCCAGGUUCAAACCCUGACAAAGGAUAUUAAUCGAAUGCAAGCUGAGAGUCAGCAAAUAGCAGCCAUGAAAACUGACAUUGAUAAGAUGGGAAAAGAGCUGGUUGAUGCUAGGAGAAUGUACGAAUAUGAGAAGAAAGGAAACGAGGAACUGGUAGAACAAAAUCGAUCAAUGGAGAAAAAUCUUCUGUCCAUGGCUCGUGAAAUAGAGAAGCUACGUGCUGAGCAAGCAAGUGUAGAGAGGAGGGCUCGAGGAGUUCAUGUUUCCUGGACAUCACUUUCCUUUUUACAGGAGUUGGGGGUUACAAUGUGAUGAAUGGAAGUCCUGAAACAAUAUAUCCUGGUCCAUAUGGUGAUGUAUAUGGUGCCGGACCAUGGGGGAUAUAUGAUGACCGCGGUCCUCCUCGACACUGAUCCUUCAAUGAAGUGCACCAUUUACCAAUUUCUCUCAUAUGCAAACAGUGUAGCUUUUCAUUGACAUGGCACCAAUUUUAUUUCUUGGGAUUGGAAAUCAAAUGAAAAUUAUGGUUUAAUUUUCUGUGAAUCUAGCUUCUUUUUUCUUUUC